AUAAACACGGGGUUGCUUUCUGGUUAUUGUCUCCAUGAUGUACAAGUUUGGCACUUAGUGAACGUGAGACUCAGGUGCGGCAGCGGUGGCUCACGGGAGUUAAAGUCCGUCGGUAAAACUUCUGCUUCUACAGUCGGACUAAUCGUAAAUCGUUUCCAGUUGACGUGACGCCUUCCCCUUUAAGUGUCAGUGGAGGGGCGUGGCCGCGCUGCUCCUCCCCUCUCCUGAAAUGGUUCAUUCUUUGGCCGCUAAUUGAGUUAAAGGGACUGACGUCAUGAGAUUUCCUGGAAUCGAGUUACAGCGGGGAAUGGAAACGUUAGACUCCAAACAAGCUGCACAUUGACGUCAGCGCAGCCUCACUGUGUCACUGAGUGUGACUCAUACUCUGCUCCCGCCGGGCUCAGCUGCUGCUGCUGCUCAUUCCCCUCUCAGGCUUCACAGACACUGGUCUUUCCCAGGGAGGCUUCUUCCAUGUGAGCUGCUUGAGCUUCUACUUAGGGACCAUGUGGGGUGAGUAAGGUCAGCCACAGGAGACAUGACUGUGUAUCAGAUCCGCUCCCCGGCUUCUUCUUUACCUCAAGGAGUUGUUGUAGCUGCAAGUACGAACAACCUGCACAAUCCUCAGGUUAUGGCAGAAGAAGUUACCCGGAAAAGAGAGUUACGGCUACUGAAAAACCGGGAAGCUGCCCGGGAGUGCCGCAAAAAGAAAAAGGAAUACGUGAAAUGCCUUGAGAAUCGCGUUGCCGUACUGGAAAACCAAAACAAGACUCUGAUCGAGGAACUGAAGGCCCUCAAAGAUCUCUACUGUCAUAAAACAGAUUGACAUUUCCCUCUGGUUUUGGACUCAUGAGCAUUGAGAUUAAGAGGACAGUGAAGGGGAUUUGACCAUUGGGCUUCAAACAAGUCUGGAGCGUUGUUUCAGAAUGUGAAUCACAAUUUCAUAUUUGAGUUUGAUUGGUGUUUGUUAUCAUUUGCAUGCACCUUUUUGGCAUCUUGGCUUCUACUUUCUCAGGGAAGCAGAGAAGGCAAAGAGUAUGUAAUUUCCCUGCAGGCUGGAUUAGUGAUUCUAGAAGCUCAGAAGAAGACCCUGAGGAAACUUCUAAAAGAUUUGUCUGACCUACAGAUUUGAUAGAUAUAGGGGGAGAAGGAGAAAGGAAAACAAGAUAAAUAAAUGUGUGUUUGUAUAUAAAGCAUCUGUGUGUAUAAGGGCAGAGACACACACUCAGAUUUGGGGAGAUUCAGUCACCCGGCGAUUAUUCGGCUCUUCCUAGGACUGCAUUCCCCUGCCUUGAGUCAACUUCGGGUGACUUCGGAAAACGAAGCGUUCCGAUAGCCAUCCUCCUGGCGAUUUACAUUCUAGCUGGCUGGAAGGCAGUUCGGGGAGAUCAGUCGCCAGAAGAAGAGGAGAUUUGUCGCUGGGCAACUAAUCUCCCAGAAUCUGAGUGCGUCUCUGCUAUAAAGCAUCUGGCACAACACAUAGGGCCGUGGAGUUAAUGCUUUGACUCCAACUCUAACGUCGAUCCACUGUUUUUAACGGAACAGUAACACCAAAAACAAAGUGUAUCAAAGUAAUUA